AUGGUGUUCACAAGCGCUGCUGAACCACUUUUUCGAUUCACCUUCGGCGCUCACCUACACUAUUCUUGGGGUUUCCCCUUGCCUAUCACUUUCCACCGCCCACGCACACAAACAGCCAUCAUUGGACCGAUUGGAGCUACUCCAAUAUGGAUACGGGAUAUUACGUACGCUGCGAAUGCGACGCCUCACCGUUCACUAUUGUCGGGGGUUCUGAUUCGUCUCUGUGGCGUUCGCUACUGCUGUGCUGCAGCCUGCUGCCGUCGGUUGGGGCUUCCAGCUGAGAACAUUGACCACGGGCUGACUGCUGCUGGCCUUCCAGGUUCCAGGACACCUGCCGAAGAAACGCGCUAUUUAAAAAAUCGUGAUGCACGGCGCCAGAAACAUCAGAUGAGAUGGGAAGUCCGUUCGCUGGGUAGCAUGUUUGGUGCGUCUGGGCCCGUCAUCGGCUUGGGGGCGGACGCCAAGUAUUCUCCAACAUCCACGACGCUUCCCGCCUCCAUCAGCCAGUCCAAAUCGUCAGUCGUCGGGAAGAAAGCCACUAUGUGUGCCACUGGCGCUCGCUAG